AUGCAAUUUGAAGAUAUUAAAUCUGGUUGGUUGACAAAACUUGGUGGAAAUGCUUUAAGAAAAACUUGGAAGCGUCGUUGGUUCGUAUUAAGAGGAAAUUCUUUAUAUUAUUAUAGGCAAAAGAAUAAUUCUGAACCUGCUGGUGUUCUUAAUCUUUCAACAUAUAAUUCAGUAAGCCAAGAUCCGUCCGUCACUAAAAAAUCUUCAUAUUGUAUUCGCAUUGAAAAGAUUGUUCGAGAAAAUGAUUCGAUUAAUUCUACCCUCAGUUAUAAUAAAAAACCUACCACACUUAUUGUUUUCGCAGAUACAGAAUCUGAAAUGAUUGAAUGGAUUUCAGUACUUGAAAAACGUUUGGGAGGUCGAAAUAUUGUUGACAUAGUUUUGGAUAGACUAGAACUUUCACAUAAUGUGCAUCGUAGACAAGCAAGUUAUAGUUCUUUAAGUUCAUUUUAUUCUAGAAAUAGUGGUUUUGGUUCUUCAACUUGUUCCACUUCCGCUUCAACUUUAUCUUCAAGACGUCCUUCAUUGGAAUCUUUAAGUUUAGAUACUCCUUCUUUAAAUUCAAGAAAGAGUUCUAUAGAUUCAUUUAAUGGUAUUCAUCAAAUUAUUAAUGGAAAUAAUUUAUCACGUCCAGAAACUCCUUCAAAUUUAGUAGCUAUGUUUGGUUUAGGUCAACCUAUACUUCGUAAACCUGCUUCAUGUUCUGGUUUACAAGAAAAGAAAUCUAAUAAUACUGGAAAUAAUCAUUCUACUCCUCAUCAAACACACGUUCGUAAACUUUCUCUUACAUUAAAUAAAGAACCUACACGUACUCAAUCAACUCCAUUAAUAAUGGUUCAUGGUGAAAACGCAAAAUUCACUUCUUCACCAUCAUCACUUGACCUUGUGUAUUUUCCAAAUAAUUAUGUAACUAAAAGUAGUCCAUUAGGUAGAAAAAAAGCUGUCUAUCUUGAUCAAUCAACGGAAUUCACUUCCCCUUCUUCACCUAUUACACCACUCGCAAACGUAUUUCCUAGUCACUUAAAUUAG